CACUUUUCUCCUGAUCUCCCCUCCUUUCCUACCAUUUCCUUAUCUGAAUCAGCUGAUUAUUGUUUUCAUAUUUCUAGCGAAACAGACCGUUGUUGGAGUUAUGAUACGUGAUACCUUUUAACGAACGACGUUUUGGAAUAUCCUCGUCGGUCCGUCGGAACAGACAACGGAUCCACUAAUUUCUGGUAACUAGGUAUUUCACCGACGAGUUUGAUAUUUCGAAGAAGAAGAUUGACGUUUCGCGGGCGGGGUGACAUCAUUAUCGUUUUCUGGUUGUGUUGUAGCAGUCACUUACAGAAUGACGCAGUAGAAGGUCGUCUCAGAGAUGGCGAACUUCCCAGUAUGAAAAUACAGUUUUAUGGCGAGGUAAAUUGAAAACUAUGUUUUGUGUUAUAUCAAGAACGAUUAAGCCAUAGAUAUCUUUCCGUAAAUGAGUAUUAAGAACGUCGAUAGAAGCGAUAGGUACAAAGAUUAAGUUUGGGAAAAGAAAAUGUCUGCAGACUCUCCAAGACGUGGUGUGCAUAAAGGAGUUCAAGUUGUAUCACCUCAACCAAUAGUUGAUCGAUCAAUUAUAGACAGCGUUGCAGGAAUUAUUAAUGAUAUUGUUCCACAGGCUUAUGCUGGCACACCAAAUUCUGAGAACAAAGAGUCUAUAUCGUGGGCAAGAUUUGAGUAUGCAGACAUUAAUGAUGCAGCCCUGUAUCCAGAUUACAAUGAGGGCUCUAACACACCACCUUUAUUAUUGGUGCUUGGAUAUACAACUGGAGUCCAGGUCUGGUUAAUAACGGCAACAGGCGAAGCAACGGAAGUGUUAUCAUGGCGACAAGGAGUAGUUCGUACUCUGCGAAUUUUACCAAAUCCAAAGACUGACGACGAACAUGCCGAUCUGUUUGAGUCGAAACGGCCAAUGGUAGCAGUAUGUGAUUCAGCUGGACCUGGACCACAAUUUUGCAAUAUUAGCUUCAUUUCGUUAAAAACUGGGGAACAAGUUAAAAGCAUCAAAUUUAAAAAUCCUGUUUGCGAUAUUUUGGCAAAUAAGCGAUCCAUAGUGGUGACAUUUUUAGAAAAAAUCGCUGUAUUCGAUGGUAGAACAUUGGAGGAUGUGUUAACAGUUACUACCUGUUAUGCCAGUCCUGGUCCAAAUCCAAAUCCUGUCGCUUUAGGAACAAGAUGGCUUGCUUAUAGCGAAAAGAAGUUGUUACCAGCAAAAAGAAGCAGCGGUGGUUGCGAAGGCGAAGGAGUUCAAAGUUAUACCGCGACUGUUCUUUACGCGGCGAAAUCUUUGGGCAAAGGCUUACGAGGAUUAGGAGAGACUGUUGCUUCGAGCUUAACUGGUAAUUCGGUAUCGCCAGUGGUCAUCAACAAUACGGGCAGUGACGUGACCCAGCCAGGGGUGAUCACGAUAUUAGAUCUCCAAGCUGCAAAAGAAGAGAAAGAGUUGGAUGACGCGAAUAUAGAGACUGUAGUUGCUCAUUUUACUGCCCAUAGUGAUGCAAUCGUUGCCAUGACCUUUGAUUUAAGCGGUGCGCUAUUAAUGACUGCUGACAAAAGGGGGCAUGAUUUUCAUGUAUUUAGGAUUCAACCGCAUCCAGGUGGCCCCACUUUGACAGCCGUACAUCAUUUAUAUAUUUUACAUCGCGGGGAUACUACUGCGAAAGUGCAGGAUAUGGUGUUUUCGAGUGAUACUCGUUGGGCCGCAAUUUCAACUGUACGGGGUACUACCCACGUUUUCCCGGUCGCACCAUACGGAGGACCGGUAGGAAUACGAACUCAUUCCACACCUCAUGUUGUAAAUAGACUUUCAAGAUUUCAUAGAAGCGCUGGUUUAAUGGACGAUGGCACCAGAUCUCAUUCCCCUGUGUCUCAUACAGAAUUACCUUUAUCAGUGUACCCCUAUUCUAAUCCAAGACUACCCCCGUAUCCUCAUCCGACCAUUUUACAUCCUUUGGCACAGAUACGGCAACCUUCUUCGUUGAACCACGUAAAUAGUCAAGUUCAACAGAGUAGGCCGCAGCAAAGACAACGAUUACACUCAGACGAUAGUGGAACGUUACCAUUAAAAAUAUGUGCUUGUUUUGCACCACCACGUGCUUGGAUGUAUGCGCAAAGAGAAUCUACUGCGAAAGUUAUGAAAAGAGCAGUUGAUUCCUUGUUUAUCAUGGCGUGCCACGGAAACCUGAUACAAUACGAUUUAGAACCAAAACCAGCUGCAGGUGUACCAAAGGAAAAAGUGUGUGACGAUACGAUGAUAGAAUUAGAAGUUGAAGCUAAAGGCCAAUGGCCUCUUUUAAGAUCUCCAAACUCCUUAGAAAUUGUGCCACCUUUGUCACUCUCUAGCGCUUUGUUGAGUGUCAAUACUAUACCAAAAGACGUUCAAGACGGCGAUUUAGCAGAGGAUCGUUGGUUAAGUCAGGUAGAAAUUGUAACACACGCUGGUCCGCAUAGGCGACUUUGGAUGGGUCCUCAGUUUGUCUUUAAAACUUACAAUGCAACCAGCGGAGCUCCCGUGAAUUUGGUUGAAGCGGAGGCAGUCGAAAUAGGAAUAACUGGUGGUUCUCGACCAGCAAGAUCGAAUCCGGUUAACAUGCCGCAUGCUGCGUCUCGAUCAUUGGUACCUGUGGUUAUCGAUGGAUCAGGAAGUAGUUACGAGCAAUCUCCAAGAUUCGUGGAAGCGUAUGGCGAUUCGUUAGAUAGUGAAAAUACCGGGGUCGGAGGUGGUGAGAAUCAGUUGAGAGAAGAUUUGGCAGAGGCUAUGCUAGAAACAUCUAUCGCGCCUCAUCGUGCACCAGGGAGGCGAUCGGUAUUUGAGAGGGUGGGUCAACCGGUAACUAAAGUCGUCAACCCUUUGGGCACCGUGAUUACCGUGUCAGCCGACGAGGAGGACAUAAACUCCAGUCAGGAGUUUGACUCCGUGGAGGAGAGCUACGUGCCGGAGCCACCUAGGAGCGUGUGUGCCGAAGAGGGUCCGGCAUCUCUCGGCGAUCUCGAGCCAGAGAGUCAAACUCUGCGCGACCUGACCGAGAUCUGCGCUGAAAUGCGUUCAGCUAGCGAGCCUGCGAUAGACAGUGUACCCGACGAGAAUAUUCGCGAGGUUAAAGAGAGGAAGGCUCUCUGUGUCGAGAUCGCGGCCAUCGGGGAACCAGGAGGCAUCGACUUCGAGAAAGAGGAAGCCUUUCACGACGUGCCUACAAGUUUGAGUCUCUGCGUCGAACAGGGUGAGAUACCCAGUAGCCCUAUGACCCAGGUUAAACAGGCUGUUUGGUGUAAGAGAUUCGAUAAGAGAGCAGGCAGAGGUGCACACGAGAAGAGCAUGUCCGAGGCACAGUACGUGAUGAACUGCGACGAUGACAGUGUCGUGUUGAUGGAAAAUAAACUGGCUCACGGGAAAAGAAGCGUUUCGACCCAUUCUAAAGCGGAAAGCAAGAAGCUUUACGAGUCGGAGAAGCUUGUGAAGAGGUCAGGAGGAGAUGGAUCUAAGGCCGAGACCAGAACAUCGGUUAAAAAGUACGUCCUCAAGGAACACGAGGACAGUAUCGUGAUCGAGGAUACAACUUGCGUGGAAUCUAAAAAUAAUUCUAGCUCUAAGAGAAAAAGUUAUGAUAAGGAAACAGUCGAUAAAGAAUCGGUGAAAGAGACUGGAGGAAAGUCCAAAGGGAAAUUGAAGUCUUCCACGAGCCAAGAUUGCAAGGAACCAAAAGUGGAAUCCAAUAUAGAAAGUAAGCUUUCAGGAAACCGAGUGGAACCGAUUAUGGAGCUGGGACGUAUAAGAGAAGAGGGUGAUAGUAACGAUGAUCCUAAAUCAGUGAUCAACGUUGAUGUAACGAUUAAAGAGGUAGAUAAAUACAAAUCACCACCAUCAGAUUCAACUGAUGAAUUCAGCUCCAGUGAGUAUCACAUAGUGGAAACCUCUAGUUGCGGCAAGGACAGUACUUUGAUUCAAUCCGACGAAGACAUCGAGCAUAUCCACACUUCCGAAUUGCCUCAAUCCGAGUGCAUCGACAUCACCAAGUACACGGAUAUCAGUUGCACGGGUUCUUCGCCCUUUCUGCAGAGAAAGAACAGCAAGAACACCAUAUCCGACGACGACUUGGAGUAUAUUCAUUCAUCCGAGCUGAUCGAGGCUGUUAGUAAAACAUGCAAGGAGGAUUUGAAAGAAGCCAGCGAUUCUGACUCGGCUACAACCAAAAGUAAACGAGUGUCAUCUGACGACGACAUGGAGCACAUUCAGCAUUCCGACGUGUGUUUCGACGAGGAUAGGGAUGUUCCCGAAAAGAAGAAACCGCAAGACGAGCAAUUAUCGAAAUCUAAGAGUUCAAAGAAGACGAAGGAUAUCGUGGUAAUAGAGAGCGAUACCUCAGCGGCUGAUGUGACGGUGAUUUUCAAGCCAGUCGAAAGCUGGAAGAACAAAGGCGCAGAGAAGAAGGAGGACCCUGAAGAAUGCGUUACCCUGAAAGAUACGUUUGAAAGUACGAGCCCUCUGAGAACAACGAAGACUCGAUCCGCUAAAACUUCACCUUCGAAUGUUCCAAAACGAUCUCAAGCUGGAAUCGAGAUCAUCGAUAUCGACGCGAUGCAGAAGGCCGAGAUGGAGAUCUUCACCGAGUUAACACCUGCUCCAGAAUGCCAGGUUCUACCUGGACCCGAAUUUGGAACUCGCUCGAGGAAAUCUCGAAAAAACAGAAAGCCGUAUGUUGAAAGCACCGUACAGAGUACCGCGGAGGUACCAGUCGAGUCCUCGAAGGCUGUUGAAGAAACUGUAAGGGAAUCGAGUCAGGAACAAAUUCCCGAAGUUUCUUGGAGCGCCGUUGUGAAGAAGAAAAGCGGUUCUCCAGUUGCGGAGUCGGAAAUGCGAUCAGAGGAGGAUAAACCUGUCAAAACCGGAGAUGCAAUGGAAACGGUAGAGACGGUGAAACGUACUCCUAUUUUGGAGAAGAUUGACUCUAUCAAGAGAAAGGUGCACGAGUCUCUGUCGAGGACGAACUCGCAGGUGAUCGAGAAGCUUCGUGAGGCUGUAACAGAGUUAGAUUUCGAAGAGCCUGUAGUGCAGACGGACGUUUCUUGGAGUUCUAUUGUAAAGAAGAAGAGUACCGAGCACGAAGGUAAGGACAUCGACGUCGAUCCAGUUGCAGAGGAACCGACCAUUGAGGAAAAGAAAACUUCUCGUAAACGCGUCGAGUCCUCGUCUAAAUCCUCCUUGAUGAUCGAUCAAUUAAAAGAGUUAGCAGAGACGAAUGUGAAGGAGUCUUCUGCUCAACCAGGCUCUUGGAGCUCGAUCGUGAAGAAGAAAGGUUCGGAAUCAACUUCGCAACUGCGAAGUUCUGAAGAAAAGGCUCGUAGGAAGGUAGAUCCUUCAGAUUCUUCGGAGAUCGACUCCAAUCAGAAAUUUAAAUCUUCGGAGAAGAACUAUGAAAAUUUAGCCGCUGUACCCUCCGAGGAACCUUCGAAGGCCUCGAGCUCGGUGGAUCGAGGUUCCUUAAAAGAGAAAGAAAACGCGAAGUCUUCGAAACAUUCAUCGGUUGAUCGAGUUCCCUUGGAAGAGAAGGAAAGCGCAAACACUUCGAAGCUUAGAUCGGUUAAUCCGCCUUUCUUGGAUGAGAAAGAAAAGCCUUCGAAGUUUGAGACUUUGAGCGAAAUCGUCGUGGAAGCUCUGAACGAGAAUAAGAAUUACGCCGAUCCUAUAUUCUUGAAGGAAGAUUCCUCGGAACCUGAACGAGAUACGGAGAAGAAAAGCGACUCUGAGCAGGAGAUCGUACCAGAGCGUUCGAGCUCCUCGGACGAGAUGAACGCGAACGUUGUGUUCACGAAUGCCGAGGGUGAUUACUCGAAGAGUGAAACCGUGGAGAGAAGCGCGACGAGUGGCUCGUCCUCCGUCUGCGCCACGUCUAAGAAGGGCAACAGGUCGAAGAAAAAAAAACGCAGAUGAGUAGAGGAUUGCAUGGAUGUACCUAAGGCCAGUCUUGCCCUUUACAUAUUCCUGAUGCAAAUGACAGGAGCCGAUUAGCAGAAGUACGGAGUCGAGAACUUUGUCCAGUUCUCGUCUCAUUAAAUCAUCUUAGAAACGAUAUCAUUUUUAACGGGCGUUUUAAUUCGGCAACAGCAACAGAUUUCAUAUUUUUGAGAAUAUUUUCUAAAAUAAUUUCCGCAUAGGCUGAAUAUUGUUGAAAUACCGAUUAGAGAGAAUGCAUUGAUUCAGCGCUUGAACGACCGGUCACUAAAAUUUUAGACGUCCGAGAUGCUAAUUUUCAUAAUUCUUAUAUCGCAAGUUGAAUGAUUCCCUGUCGACCACUAGCGAGAAACAAAGGCCCAAAAGACACCUAGUGGCCGUCGCCUAAACUAGAGGCGUCUAGAAAGAGAUGAAGCUAACAUAGGAGCGGGAGAGCAAUAUUGGUGGUAUCCGGUAUUCCUUUCAGACUUUCGUGUAAAUCUAAAUUUAUUCUUUCUGUUGAGUGAAAAGUGUCUAGCGCUUUAGUUAAUCGGACCCGUCGAUUAAGUGUUAAUUAAUGUAUUCUCAUAUCGUGAGCUGAAAAAGAUAUCAGCACGAAUAAAUGUAAGAAUACUACAUAUAAAAAGUAGGAAUAUCAUGUAAGACGCUCGAUAUAGUUUUCUAAGAUGAUAUUAAAGGGCAAGGCUGUACUGUACCAUGUACGUCCUAUUGCAUUCCAGUGGAAUGUAGAAAACGAAUUAAAGAAGAAAAAAGGACAGAAAAGAGAAAAAAUGUAGGAAGUAAAAUAGAGACACGUAGAAACUUUUGAAACUUCUAUAUCAUAUAUGUAUAUUUAACAGAUAUAAGGACAAAGAAACAAAAAACACCGUCUGUGUUUCGAAUAGUUUCAUAGCGAUAUAUUUCUGUUUCGACCGUCUUAUGUCGUCGAAUCAAUCUAAUCCGUGUGGUGCAUACGAAAAGUGUGGUUUUAGCUUUAUUACGAUCGAUCAUUGUUACGAUGCCCGCGAAAAAGCACGGGCGUCCGCAUGGGCAACUUGAUGUGCAUGCCUGGUUUAUCGGUAAUUGGUUAGACACUUUUUCACUGUGACUAUGUACCUUUCGUUUGUACUAUCAUACGUGGCCACGAUAGCGAUUACAUGUUUCAGUUGCACAAAGACACCUGUGACGUACUUACAAACUGUCUAAUUCAGGCUUACAUCGUAAUCAUCGAUAACGUUUCUAGAAAAUAUAUUUGUUUCACGAAUAAUUCUUUGAGACGCGAAAUUUUAGAAUACAAAAUUGGCCAUAUGACAAAAUUGAAAUAGGGUUUCUGAAAAUAUUAUUGAACGUUCAUCGAUGAUUUCAAUGUAAUUUACCGUUUCGUACGUCAUCGGGGCAUGCUUUCCGUGAAAGCCGUACGAAUUAAUGGAUCACAAGCAAUUCAUUUGAAGAAUUCUGAUAGCUUUUCAACCGCACCGUGUCAAACGAAUGAAAAUUUCUUAGCCAUUUCCUCGGGCAUUUUAUGAUUUUGGUUUAAGCUUUCGGCAAGAGCUGGUUAAAUGUGUAUUCAAACUCGUUCUCUAUCGUCCAGUCGAUCGAGAAGCAAUUAGCAGUAGGUUUCGUACACUUUUCUCUUGUAACGAAAUGAAUUCAUUCGUGGUAAUAAUGAAUACGAUUGAAAAGGAUUAGUGUACAUGUAUUAAACUGAAAUUGUAUUUCGCGGACUCUACAGGGUGUUAAAAAAUACCCUGAAGACCUCUACACCGCUGGAUAGAUCACGAAAAAUCGAAGUGAAAAAUGCUACAGAACUUUUCACUUCGAUUUUUCGCGAUCUAUCCAGCGGUGUAGAGGUCUUCAGGGUAUUUUUUAACACCUUGUAUAUGCACACACAAUGUGUGUAGAGUUAGAAAAAUAAUCGAAAUGUUGUCUCAAGGGAAAUUAUUUUAAAUCCAAAGGAUUUCAGUUGAAUUGUCAUGAAAAUCAUGUGAAACAGGUGAAAAUUCACCAUAGGUAUAUUUAUCGUAAGACCUUUGAUCGUGUAAAUUCGUGAUGCAUAUUGAACGUUUGUUGUGUAACAUAUAACGUUCUUGCAUUGUAUAUUAGCAAGAACUUAAAAGAGAAAAAAAAAAGGAACAAGAUUCUCUUUGUAUACUUUGCGUUAACACGGGAUCUUGUUUCAGCGUGCUAGAUCAUUUUUUAAUUUACUGUCGAGGUACACCUGUAUAUGUAUUCUCGUGCCUCGUUCAUCAAGUUUUUUUUUUCAAUUUAUUUUGUGUUUUGAUAGUGCAACAAGUUAACUUUAAAUCAUUGGAUCAAGUCCCUUACUAUUAGUCGAAAUUACGGCUGUGUAUUAGAUUCUCGUGGCGCUUAGUGUUCCACAAUGGAAAUUUUUGAAAUUAUUCAUGGUCCUUACGUCGAUGCUCUUAGAAUUGAUCAAAUUUCGUGUGUUUUCAAAGCAAUUUUUCAAAUUAAUCAUUUCUAUCUUUUAUUUAAAUAAUUCUACGCAGAGGAGACUUUUCGGAAAACGAGCCAGUUAAGAAAAAAGUUAGAAAGUAAAAAGGGAUCAGCUUCGAUGAAGACCUUCGACUUCGUUUAAUUGAAUUUUCAUCUCUCUAUAUAAAUGAUCGUGUUCAACCCUUGUCUUAUCGCAACGAGCCUCACUCGCGUUACAGAUUUUGGGAACAAUAUGACAAUGUACAUUUUACGCGUUGAAUAGUGAAAUUUUUAUUUAAUUUUUAUUAUAAUUCAUCGUUUAUUUUCAUUUGCUUCGCCAUUCAGUGAAAGGCUAAUUCUAUCGAAUGGAUAACGUACUAUAUUCAGCGAAUAGUUAAUUUUAUACAGUGAAGUGAACAGUUACUUCUAGUUUAUAGCGAACAGCUAAUUCUAUUCUAAAUAACUAAUUUUAAGCCAUGAACAGCCGAUUUUAGCGUACUUGAUCGUUCAAAGAAAUCAUAAGGCAAGGAAUUAAUAGCAGACCGUGUUAUCGAAGAGCAAAUCGUUUGUUCGUUCGUGUAACUUAGGCAUGGGCAAGUAGUACGGUCACGAGUACUCGAGAUUGCCCGGGAGCAAAUUCAAGCAAAGUGUCCAUGCCUGGUAUAGAUACAAAUAUAAUAUACAUAUACAUACACAUGUACAGAGUAGGUAGAAAAUUAUAGUACACUCGGAAACGCAAUCUUUUUUUUGUCUGAAGCUUUUAAUAUAUAGAAAGGGAACAUUUUUUAAAUCGAUUUGCUAUUUUAAUAAUUUUGUUUUCCAAAAGAAUCAAAUUUGAUAAUUGAUUGGAAUAUAGUUCAAAUAAAAAAGAAAUCAACUAUUCCCUUUUACUUUCAGUCAGCUUAUUAAAAUCAUCUAUGCACUUGGGUAGACAGUCUUUUUUCAUGUAGACUAACUUCAUUUCUAAUUUGUACUAUAAUUUUCAGCCUACUCGUAUAUCUCUAACUCAUUAGAGUUCAUUACUAGUACAAAUGGAGAACGACCAGAUCUUCUUGAUCAAACGAGAAGAAGGUCUUUUGUCGAGGAUUUAGCCGAGAGAUUUAGUACAAAGCUUUUAACGUCGCUUUAGUCCUCGUAAGUGCUGUGAUUAUGUUCGUGAUACGCUGUAUCAUUGCUACGCCGAGAGAAACGUGUUUAAUCGUGUUUAUUUUUAAAGACUUUUAUCGAAAGAGAAUUGUCACAGUAUCGUAGAGCUUCCUAGGUGCAGUGCUUUCAAUGGUAAUUUUUAACGACAGAUAUUUGUUGUGCUAAUGAGUAACAGGUGAUGGCUAAAAAGGAAAAGCAUAGAAAAGGGAAUAAAAAAAGAAAAAAAGAGAAAACACGUGAAUACUCAACAAGUAUUUUGCAAAGUAGUUACGAAAAAUGGUAUUCAGUUGCAAUAAGAUGCACUUAGAUUUAACCUUACAUGACCUAAAUUGUUAAUUCAUUGUUAUACAGGUGCAUAACUAGGAUUAUGACACCUUCUAUGCUAUCUCUCUAUAAUAUAAUUUUUGAAUUUUGUUCAACUCGAGAAAUUUAUUUAUUUAUUGUCGUUGUCUAACGAGUGUAUGCAGGAGUUUUAAAGCGCAGAAUUUUAUAAAUCAAAGUUGUGAAUGAUAUCGUUCGAUGUUAGUUUCGAAAUUGACUCGUGGAGUUAAAUUUUAGGAAUUAUCAUUAACAUCGAAAUCGUUGCUACAAGUGUUUAUAUUUUUGGAUUUAAUUUAAUCGUAUUAUAUUUUAUCGUUACUGUAUUAUUAUUUACUGCCUCUUAAUUCAUUUUUUGUUAUUUUCUUUUUUGUUUAUUGAUCGUGCAAUGAUUGUUGUAAUAACUUUAAGUUGCAAGCAUAGAUUGUUGGAUAAUGUUUGUUGGUAUUAAACGAAACAAAAAAAUAGUUCGUAAUUAACAAAACAUUAGAUUUUAACAAAUUCUUGAACAAAAUAACAAUUGCCGAUGUUUGUAAUCUAGUAUGUUUUAUAUUUUAUUUCUAAGGAAAGAUGCUUACUCAGAUAUAAAAUCAUGUAUUAUGCUGUUUCCUGAAACACUAAAAGUGUUUAGAAAUAAUUUUUUAGUUGUAUUUAAAUUUAUUAUACAUGAAAGAAUAUAGUCAAUUUUAGUAAGUACUUGAAUAUUUGUAUUAUAAAAAACAUGUUGCUCGUCUUCACGUUUCUCAUGUCUUAUUUAUUAAUUAGACGAGUAGUACAUUUUAUCCUGCAACACGCAUAUUAUAAAUACCAUAAUCGCCAUCAAAUGAACUUGUUUGUUAAUCAAAACUUAAUUUAAUAAUUUAAAUAAUCAUAAGUUGCAUUAAUCGCAAUAUUUGUUACAUCGAGUCACAAACUUACGAGGUUUAACGUUUAAGCAAUUAAUCACGUGUAAUGAAUAUACUUUCUCUUCUAACGAGGGUAGUAAUUUCGUGUUAAACAAUUGUCACAAAAAAGCACGAUUUCCUCGACGUAGCAAACUCAGUGUCACCGAGGGCAUUCAUUGCUGUUGAAAAAGAGAGAUUUCAAUGCUUGGCGUUUUCUUGCGAGCCAGAAUAUUUUUCUUUUCUAUUGCAACGAUUUUGUUAGAAUCAAAAUUACCUGACAACCUAUCUCUACAGAACCUGCUACCUAACAAUGUAGGUACAAUUCAUCUGUAAACCCGUGACUCUUCUAUAUUGAAUGUAAAAUGAACAAUGCUCUUAGCGAGAGAAUAAUUAUUUUCAAAAUAAAGAACCUCUGAAGUCGAA